AUUUAAACCAAGCUGUGCUUUAAUAAUAAAUGAAGCUUAGUUAGACUCGUCUAAUACUAUAUGAGACCCCACAAGUCAUUAUUUUAUACAUUUUAUUCGCUUCAUUAUUAAUGAAUAAUGAAUAAAUGAAUAAUGAAUAAAAAGCAGCGCUGAGCUAGCGCGCAUGCGCAGAUUGAGCCGUUUUUUGACAGAGGUAGCUAACUGUCGCCAUGUUUCCCACAGAGCCGCGACGCUGUUUAUAAAAUCCCCCCGGUGAGGUUCUGGUGCUGCUGCGGCGUCUGUACAGCCUUUAUAUCCACCCUGGGGUUUAUUUGUGCACGACUGGGACGGGACAUUAGUGUGGGUGUCAUUAUUUUUGUGCACCGCCGUGUCAGUGCCACGCAAUGCACCAUGGAGGAGGUCCACCAAACAUCCAGCGAAAUCCUCAGCGAUCCAAAACCUUCACGGGUUCUGAAGCAGAGGAACAACAGCAACAACCAAACACAGUUACACAACAACCACCUGCAGCUGUCACUCAUCCCCACUCGCCGGUGACGACGUUCACUACGGUGGCGAGCCCCGCGGUCUCUGCUCCUCAGUCCCCCAAUUACCAGAUCAUCAUGAGCCGAAGCCCCGUGGCCGGCCAGAACGUGAACAUCACCUUGCAGAACGUAGGACCGAUGGUCCCUGCGAACCAGCAGAUCACGCUGACUCCGGCUUCGCCCAGCUUCCAGCACCAGGCAACGCAGUGGAGGUUCGAGCACGGCCCGUCUUCCUACAUCCAGGUGACUUCGCCGCUUCCGCAGCCGAUUCAGCCCCAGAGUCCAACACAGCAAAGCUCCGUCCCGCUGCAGGCCGUGCCCAGGCCUGGCACCGCUCUCGGGGUGUGUGCGCAAAGCCCUACGCGCUUCGUCGAAGCUGGAAUCAUGGUGCGCCAGAUCAACCUCAGCAGUCCGCCUGCGAGCGGGCACUUUGUGUACCAGGAUAACACGGGAUUGACUCAGCUGGCUCCGACGACGGUGGGCACCGUGCAGCUGGCGUCUCCAGCCGGGACGCCGGCAUCGGUCAGGGAGCGACGUCUCUCUCAGCCUCACUCUCAAACCGGAGGCACUAUCCAUCACCUCGGCCCGCAGAGUCCCGUGGCGUCCGGAGCUUCUCUGCCGGCUCUGUCCAGCCCCGGUCACAUCACCACAUCCAAUCUUCCUCCUCAGAUCAGCAGCAUCAUCCAGGGGCAGCUCCGGCCCUCUGUCGCAGGAGUCACGGCAACCGGAAUGACUUCCUUUGGCGCGGCCCCUCCUCCCUCGAGUCCUUCUCGGAGUAUCACGAACCCUCUGCUGACUCCCAAAAAGGUUCAGCCUAAGAAGCUGGAGGAGAUCGCGCCUCCUAACGCCGAGGUUGCUCAGCUGAGGAAGCAGUGUUUGGAGCAUCACACCAAGAAGAUGGACAGCGUGAAGGACGUGUUCAAAGACUACCUGAUCGAACUCUUCUUUCUGCAGCACCUGCAAGGCAACAUGAUGGACUACCUGGCCUUCAAGAAGAAGCCGUGCGUGCCGCUCUUCACCUACCUGCGGCAGAACGAUCUCGACCUCGAGGAUGAAGACGAAGAAGAGGAGCAAUCCGAAGUCAUCAACGACGAGGGACACUGUGCGAGCGUUGUAUGUACAUCUGUUUCUAUGACAACCACUCAGGUGAAAGUAGUGACAGGAAAAGACGGCCAGACGGUGACUCCCGUCGCCAUAUCCACCCAGCUCCCUCCCAACGUAUCGGCUGCGUUCUCCACUCAGCAGUUUCAGGCUCAUUCUGCUGCAGUUGGCAACAUUUCCAAUCCCGUGGACUUGGAGGCCUUCAAACGGCAGCAAGCUCAAGCAGAUCAGGCUAAGCGGUCCCGGAUCGAAGUGGUUCGCCACGGGAUGAUAUUCCAGCACCCCGUUGUAGUUCCUUUAGGAUCUCCCGGCGUUCCCCUCCAGCAGCUUAUGCCGACAGCGCAAGGUGGCAUGCCACCAACCCCACAGGCAGUCCAUAUAGGGGGGCAGAACCAGAACCAACAGCAGUAUGACCCGUCUAAAGGCCCCCCAGUGCAGAACGCAGCCAGUCUCCACACUCCUCCACCCCAGCUGCCAGGUCGACUUCCCCAGUCUGCCUCGCUGCCUCUAGCGCUGUCUCAGGCUCAGCCUGUGGUGCUCGAGCAGCAGGCCCAGGCACCAGGAGGCCAGCUCCAGGCCCAGGUGAAGCUGCAGGGGGCAGGAGCUGUUCUGGCUGCAGUUAACCCACAGCUUCAGAUGCAGCUCCAAAUACAACAGCACCAGCAAACACACACAGUGAUGCAACCAGCACCGGCUACUGUCACGCUUGUCCGGCCCGGAGCCGAGAACUCCCAGCCCGCUCAGCGUAUCUUAUCCAACCCCCUGUCUGCCUCAGUCAUGUCCACUGCACCGAUGCCCUCCCCUCUCCCGUCCACACCAGUCCGGACCCCUGCGUCUCACACGGUCUCCCCUGUAUCGCACUCCAAACUCGCCACUGCCAGCGGCGCUCAGGCGCUCAAGCUCUCCACGCUGAGCCAGGGCUCGGCUACAAACAACGCCCAGGAGAGCUCCCAGGACAAGCAGGCAGAGCAGGCCAAGCUGGAGAGCCACGUCCACCAACGCAUCUCUGAACUCAGGAAGGAGGGCCAAUGGUCAGCUAGCCGGCUGCCUAAACUUCAGGAAGCCAGCAGACCAAAGUCUCACUGGGACUACCUGCUGGAGGAGAUGCAGUGGAUGGCUGCCGAUUUCGCCCAGGAGAGACGCUGGAAGAUGGCUGCCGCCAAAAAGCUUGUGCGCACUUGUGCCCGUUAUCACGUCGAAGUCAGGAAGGCCGAAGAGAGGAAGAAGACGGAGGAGGAGCUGAGGUUGAGGAACAUCGCCAGCGUCAUCGCACGUGAGGUGGACUACUUCUGGUCCAACAUUGAGCAGGUCGUGGAAAUCAAACUCCAUUUGGAGAUCUCGGGCAAAAGACAGAAAGCACUCAGGCUACAGAAAUCAGGAAAUAAAGGACAAAGCAGUAAAUCUAAAGCUGUAUCAGAGAAGGACAGCAGAGUGGAGUCUGCCAGCACCAGCCGCAAGAGAAAGACGAGCGUUUCUUUAUCAGAAGAAGAAGAUGAGGAGAGCACCAUAGAGGAGCAGGAGGCUAUGGAAGUGGCUGCUGAGCAAAAAGAAGAGCUGGUCGAACUCACUAAGGAAGCCGAGGUGCCGCUGGAGGCUUUGGUAAGGAAAUACGCCGGCGCGUAUGCAGAAGGGUUCGAGUGGCCUCAGCCUGCCUGCCGGAGCGAGGACGAGGAGAAAGAUGAAGCCGAAGACACGGACAGUUGUCCACUGGACAGCCCCCACGAGGCGGUUCUUAUCGACACGCUUCUGAGCGAGGAGCAGUACCGUGGACCAGAUCGGAGCAGCAACGCUUCAGGAACCGACGGCAAACCCAUGAAGGAUAUAGCAGAAGUGUCCCGAGCUACAGACCUGAUCCUGCCUAAAGGCAGCGCUAAAACCACACCAACAUCUUGUUUUCCCAUGCCAUCCCUCCUUCAUGGCUCUUUGAGAGAUUACCAGCAGGUGGGUGUGGAGUGGUUUGCUAAUCUUCACCGGAAACAUCUCAAUGGCAUUCUGGCAGACGAGGCCGGACUGGGCAAGACUGUCCAGACGGUAGCAUACCUAGCACACCUGGCCUGUCAUGAAGGUAUAUGGGGUCCACACCUGGUGGUUGUGCGAACCUGCAAGCUGCUAAACUGGGAAAUGGAGUUCAAGCGCUGGUGCCCAGGCUUUAAAAUCCUCUUGUAUUUGGGCAGCAAGAGAGAUCGCAGACGCAAACGAUCGUGGUGGUCCGAGCCCAACGGCUUCCACGUAUGUCUCACGUCAUACAAGCUGCUCCUGAAAGACCAGGCGCACUUCCUGAAGAGGCGCUGGAGGCACCUGGUGCUUGACGAAGUGCAGCUGAUCAAGAACAUGACCGAGAAACACUGGGAAACCAUCUUCACCCUCAGGAGCCAGCAGAGGAUCUUGCUGAUCAACAGCCCUCUACAGAACACACUGAGAGAGCUGUGGACCAUGAUCCACUUCCUCCUGCCUGGAAUCACACGCUCGUACCUCGACUUCCCCAUCCAACCCGGGGCAGACCAGAACCAGGACUACUGCCACAAACUGGUCAUCAGGCUACAUAGGAUGAUUCAGCCGUUCAUCCUGCGCCGCUCCAAAAGAGAUGUGGAGAAACAGCUGCCCAAAAAGUAUGAGCACAUCCUGAAAUGCCGGCUCUCCGCCAGACAGAAGAGCAUGUACGAGGACAUCCUCACACAGCCCAGUGCCCAGGAGGCUCUAAAGACGGGACACUUUGUGAGCGUGCUGCAGGUUCUGAUGCAGCUGCAGAGGAUCUGUAAUCACCCUGAUUUGAUCCAGAUCAGAGACACUGCAAACUCAUACACGUGCCAGAGCCUGCAGUUCAACACGCCGUCUUUACUGCUCGCAGCUCUGCACAAGGACCAGUGGAAGACUGUGGACUUGUCCCUCUUUGACCUGAUCAGUAAUGAAGGCAGACUGACUCGCUUCGAGUCCACAGAAGUUCUUCCCAAACUCAGACUGAGUCAGCAGCUCAUCGAGGAGAUCCACAGUGCACCUGAACCUCCACCCAGACCCAAACGGUGCAUGAUCAAGCCCAUGAGGUUGUUUCAGCCUGUGCAGUAUGGGGCAAAACCAGAGGGACGUCUCGUUCCCCUCAUCAACACUUCACAAGGCCAGCGCUCCACUUCUACCACCACUUCUACCACCACUUCUGCCCCCACCACCACCACCACCACUACCCCUACUGCUGUUGCUCAGAACACCCAGCCCAGGGGCAAAUCACCUGUUACUUCCACCCCGUCCACUCAGACCAGCAGCACACCAGGAUUCGCUGUUGCACCUGCCGCUUCUACCCAUGUGGCUUUAGGUGUAGCAGGGCUAGGUGCUGUAGCUCCCAGAACUGCUGUCACCCCUCAGCCUCUAUCCGCCCACCCCCUGCUACCCCAGAGGCUGCUCCUCAGCUCCCAGGCCCAGGCUCGCUUGCCUAGUGGAGAUGUGGUGAAAGUGGCUCAGUUGGCGUCUCUAACAGGCGCUCAGAGUCGGAUCGCACAGACCGAGACGCCGGUCACCCUGCAGUUUCAGGGCAAUAAGUUCACUUUGUCACCCAGCCAGCUACGUCAGCUCACCACAGGACAACCUCUUCAGCUCCAAGGUAACAUCCUGCAGAUCGUCUCGACCCCGGGGCAGCCGAUCCUCAGGCCGCCGAGCUCCUUGGUGAUGCAAUCUGUGGCUCAACCCGUUUCUCUUCAGAACUCUACAGUCCCUCCACAAGCCCUCCCUCAGGCCACCCCUACACCCCCACAGGCUGGUGUGGCUGCAGGUACUACAGCUGCGUCGUCUGCCCCCGCCGGUGCUGGAAGCAAUGCGAAACCCCCCACCAAUGCUGCACCACAGGAGUCGAGUGAGGAGCGGAGCAGGCAGCUGAAGGAGCGUCUGACUCGUUUGUUCAUGGUGAACGAGCGGCGUCUUCAGCGCUCGGUACUGUACGGGGCUGACCUUCUCGAGACAUGCUCAGUCGCCCGGGAAAGCGCUUCUCUUUCUCUCCCUGAUCCCGAGCACUCGCGUUGGGCCUGGGUGGGCCGAGAUGCCUGCCUGAAGGCCCAGCAAAACAGUGUUUACUCGACUGACUCGCUUCGAUCGGCUCUUCGGUCUCACGAAGACAGAUUGCAGGAAGGAGACAGCUUCAUCAAGAGGCUGUCGUGUAUCUUUCCAGCAUCCGUAGCUCCAGCGCCUCAGCUUUACGCAUUCAACCCGCCCCGGCCAUACAGUCUGGAGCAAAAAUCGUUCCUGCGUCAGCUAUGUGAAGUCUCCGCCCCCUACAACUCGGAGAUCCGUGCUUUGGCUUCUCCGGCUCAGUUUGAGCUUCCUGAUAAACAUCUGCUGGAAAUGGAUUCAGGUAAGCUGGAGGCAUUGUCUAUCCUGCUGCACAAGCUGAAAGCAGAAGGCAGGAGAGUCCUCAUCUACACUCAGAUGGCGAGCAUGUUGGAUAUCCUAGAGGUUUUUCUUGACCGCCGACAUUUCACAUUUGUACGUCUGGAUGAGAGCCUCUCCCAUCAGGAAAGACAGGAUCAGAUAAAGGCAUUCAACUGCAACAGGCGGUUCUUUUGUGCCAUCCUGACCAAUCGUUGCUGUUCCGCCGUGGGACACGUGUUUGACGCCGACACGGUCGUGUUCUACGACACGGAUCUUAACCCCAGCAUGGACGCCCGCACCCAAGAGUGGUGCGACAGAGUCGGGCGCUCCAAAGACAUCCACAUCUACAGGCUGGAGAGUGGAAACUCUAUAGAGGAGAAACUGCUGAAGAACGGCACUAAGGACCUGAUCAGAGAGGUAGCAGCCCAAGGCACGGACUACACGCUCGCCUUCCUUACACAGCGCACCAUCCAGGACCUGUUUGAGGUCGAAGUCGGGUCUGGGGAGAAGGUCGAGGAGUUCGUUGUGCUGCAUCAGGAACCGUCUCCGUCAGAAUCGAUCCCUCCUCACGUCGCCAGGCCGUACAUCCAGGCCCUCAACACCAUCACGCUUCAGACGCUUCACCCAGACGAGACGAUCGAGAAGAAAGCUGUAGAAAAAGGAAAGGAGCAAACGGAGAAGGAGAAAGAGGGUGAUGUGAAGGAUAAAAUUUCUCAGUUAGAAGAGUUGGCAUCUGUUGUGGAUCAGCUGACUCCUAUUGAGAGAUACGCACUCGAGUACCUUGAGUACCUUCACAUCAGUGAAGAUGAAGCUGUUGCUAAGGAGCGCGUAGAAACCUCUAAACGAGCCUGGGAGCUGCGGCACCAGCAGAAGCGAAAACGCGAAGAUGAUGAGCUGGCUACUCUAGAAGACGAGGAAGACCUCUUCACCUACACCAGAGAGGAUGCCUACAACAUGGAGUACGUGUUUGAAUCUGCAGACGGUCAGACAGAAAUCAUGCCGUUGUGGACGCCCCCGACGCCACCUCAGGACGAUAACGACAUCUAUAUCGACUCUGUGAUCUGCCUCAUGUACGACUCCGCCCCCAUGCCCGAGUCCAAGUUGCCGCCAGUGUACAUCCGCAAAGAGCACAAGAGGCCCAAGAUGGACCCGUCUGCCAUGGGACGUAAGAAGAAGAAGGGUCACGGCGAGGCAGUGAUCCCCCCGCGGUCGCUCUUCGAUAAGGCUAGCAUGCUGAAGGUGCGGCGAGAAGGAAAAGACCAGAAGAAGAACUUCUCCCUGAAGCAGCAGGCUCCGUUCGCCAAGCCGCUGCCAUCGCUGGUAAAACCCACCAUGGAGCCGGGGCAGGACAAUCCCGAGUGGCUCAUCAGUGAGGACUGGGCUCUGCUGCAGGCUGUGAAACAGCUCCUGGAGCUUCCUCUAAACCUGACCAUCGUGUCUCCGGCUCACACUCCAAACUGGGACUUGGUGAGCGACGUGGUGAGCUCCUGCAGCAGGAUCUACCGCUCGCCGAAACAGUGCCGCAGCCGCUACGAGAACGUCAUCAUCCCGCGUGAGGAGGGCAAGUUAAUUUAUGAAGCUAAUCCCAAGAAGAAAACCAAGAGCAUCUAUAAGACUAAGAACAGCCGUCCCCUGCGCACGUGUCAGAUCUACACCCAGGACGACAACGCCACCCAGAUCCAGCUCUACAACAACCGCUUCGAGCUCAUGAAGAUCAUCGCCAGCAAGAGGAGUGCUCCCAUAAAACCUCUACUGGGUAUGAAUCCGUUCCAGAAGAACCCUAAGCAUGCUUCUGUCUUGGCUGAAAGCGGUAUCAGCUAUGAUAAGCCCCUGCCUCCUAUCCAGGUGGCGUCUCAGAGAGCUGAGAGAAUCGCUAAAGAGAAGAAGGCUCUGGCAGAGCAACAAAGGGCUCAGCAGUUGGCUCAGCAGCAGCAGCAACAGGCAGCUGGAGCUACUCCCGGAACUCCAGGUGCCACCACUCAGCCCCAAGCCCAGACCCAAGCCGCCACUGCUUCUGGACUACAAGCCGCUGCAGUUCCUCAGGGCACCCAGCAAGGCGCGGCCACAGUCCCGAACACGGCUGUGCUGACCGGCACGAUCAAGACGGCCGCUGCCAGCACGGGUAUUCAGACAGCUGCAGUGGGAGGGAACUUGAUCGUGAACACGGUAGCCAGCGUUCCUCCGGGCCAGUUCCAGGGAAACAAGCGUCUCGCGUCUCCUGUCAUUUCCGGGACUUUACCUGCUGCAGGUACGGCUACAGCUCAGGUGGUUCACACCCAGCAGAGGGCGGUCGCCUCAGCCCCCACCACCGCCCCUGCUGAAGUCGUCACCAUAGCGGCCAGCCAGUGUGUUCGUGCUGUUACCCCGGUGACCGCCUCAACUGUGGUGUCCACGAGUCUGGCUCAGGUGCAGUCGCAGACACGCUCGCUCGUUGCUCCAGGGAUGCAGCUGACCCCGGGGAAGCCGAUCACUCAGGCUCAGCUACAGAUCUUCAGGCAGCAGCAGCUCCAGCAGCAGCAGCCACAGCAGCAGGCCGGUUCUCCUCAGAUCAAAACAGGGAACAAACCACAACAGAUGGCAAGGCCGAAGCUGCAGGUGGUGGCUGCUCAGGGCCAGCAGGCUGCAGUCACUCAGCAGCCCCAGCAGGUCCAGACGGCUUCCACUCCCCAGCCUGGGGUGCAGCUCACCACGAUGAACGCCGUAACCAGAGCUGCUGCUGUGCUCACCGGGACCACUGCAUCUAACCUGCAGGUCACCAGACUGACACGAGUCACUGCGCCAGGUAUCGUCCCAGCACAGGUGGGCGGGACGGCCCAGGUGACUCUGACUAAACCCCCGGUGGUGUCUGUACCUGCUGUAGUGUCGUCCACCCUACCAGUGACCGUGGCAGGAAUCAGCGUGGCUAUUGCCCCGAACCCCAAAACAGGUUCCCUCCAGGUUCCCCAUUUGUUGCGGCAGAAGCAGCCUGGAGCAGUGCAACAAAAAGCUGCACAACCUCAGACACAGGCUGCAGUACAGCAGAAGUUGGCCACUCAGCAGGCGGCUCAGGCGGCAGGUCAGGGUCAGCAGAAGGUAGCGUAUACCACCACGCAACUUGCGCCAGGCAUCAAGACCCAGUUUAUCACCACUUCUCUCACUGCCCAGUCCCAGAAACCUGGCACCGCACAGCAGUUCCAGGUCACUAAACUUCCUCAGAUAGUGCAACAGCAGUUAGUGUCCUCACAACAGCAGAUCCAGGCCCAGCCUCAGACGGUGACUCUGACCCAGGCGCCUGUCACGACUGGACCGUCUUCCCAGCUGCAGGUGAUCCCCACGUCUGCUGCGCAAGUGGUCCAUCAGAAACUCCUUCCGCAGCAGCAGGUUGUUACCACGGCAGCUCCGGCGUCCUCCACUCAGAUCCCGGUCCCAGCUCCUCAAAGCCCCGCCCAGCAGCAGAGCACCGUAGUGACCCCUGCAGUCGACACGCUGGUACAGCAGCCUGGAACGCCGCAAUCUCAAACGGCCAAAGGAAACGCACGCGCAGGAGCCGCCAUGCGCGCUAAAACUCCAGCCAAACCCAGCGGAGGCAGCUAGACACUCUCACACUCUCUCACACAUAUACACACACACACACACACACACACACACACACAAAACACUUCACGUUGUGGAAGUUGUUUUACUGGAUUCUGUUGCAGUAAAAUGCUUCUUUUUUUCUUUUUUUUCUACCACGUUUGUUUUUUUACGGCCGUUACACAUCAUACGUUUAUUAUCGGAAAAAAUCACGGACUAUGAUUAUGGAACGCCACACGGUCUCAUUGUAACAGGAAGCGGCUGAUUGGAUGUUCUCAAAUCUGAUUGGUUAGAAGGUUUAGGUAAAGUUUGGAUAAUGAUACCGGUGUCCAGAUCAAUCAGGUGUGUGUGUGUGUGUGUGUGUGUGUGUGUGUGUGUGUGUGCGCACGCACAGUAAAAAGCCCCAGGUUUAAGAUUUUAGAUACCUUGUGUAUGUGUCCACCUCGUACAGCUGAACGUUUUUUUGUUUUUUUUAGUCGUGGCCAGUUAAGACUAGUAGCUUGUGAACGUCCUGAUGGGGGCGAUGUUCUACUGGAACGGGAUGAGAUUAGGAUCUCCAGAGAGGACAGGACGGGGUUGCUGCGUACCGGAUAGGAUGAAUGAGCGAACGAUCCGAAGUCUUUAGAGCAGUAGAGGUGUUUGGUGUUACAGAUGGAUCCUGCUCUUGGUUUUUAUUAGCGAGUUGUAUGUUAGAUGUGUCAUAAACGAGUGUACGAUUGUAAUGUCUGGAGACGCACCAAUCCCAUCAGGGUCACGGCACCAAGAUGGGAGACAUAAAAUAAAAAGUUGUCUGAAAGUUUAUAUCGUUUAUGUUUACGGCGUUUGGCAGAUGCCCCUUAUCCUCUUACAUCUGAGCAGUUGAGGGUUAAGGGCCUUGCUCAAGGGGCCCGGCAGUGGCAGCAAGGUGGUGCUGGGAUUUGAACUCGGGACCUUAAGUCCAAUGCCUUAACCACCUUCCUAUCACAUACCAGUAUAGCAUUUCAGAUAAAGACGAUGGGCGUUGGUGCGUGUCUGGUGGUCAUGUGUGAGGACGUCUAAUUUAACCAGUCACUGGACGUUUCCUACAAAGCAGCUCGUGACGUCUCAGACAGACAGACAGACGGAGCGCAGACGACAAUUUCUUUUUGUUGUUUUUGUGCAUUUUUUUUUUUAUUCUGUAUCACCUGCACUGUAAAAUUGUGUUGAUGUACUUGUAAUGUGUCCGAUUUUCCCCUCAUCCAUCAUAUAUUUGUCUUUUUUCUAUUCAUUCUGAGGAACAAAUGUGUAAAUAACAGAAGGGAAGACAUUUGUAACUGUAAAGCAGUGUUUUCUUUGGAAUUUUUGUUUUUUUGUUUGUUUUUUUUGUUUUUUUCCAACUCUAUAUAAAGUGUUGUUUUUAUACCAA